AUGGACAUAGCCCAAAAAGAUCUUGGCAUACCAGCAGUUUUAGAGCCUGAAUACCUAGCAUCUCCUUGGUUGGACGAGCUCUCAGGGAUGACCUAUCUGUCCUACUUCAUGAAACCUGGCUCGCCAGGUUUCCAUGCCACGUUGAAAUGGGUCAACUCGAGGUUGGAAAAGUCCGUCAGCAACUUUACUGUAAGUGUGCAACCAGUGUUAUCGGCCAAGGAUAUGGCCGAUAGUCACGUGGAGCACUUAGGUGUAAUGGCGUAUGCUGCUCAUUUUCAAUGGGUACCUGAAAGACCUCCUCUGCACGAUCUCAUGAAUGCUACCCUGAACUCCACCUCUGGAAGGGUGGGAGAACCGACCCACUAUCAAGUAACCCUCCUAGACUCGUCCCUGUCAUACUCCAAAGUGACCACGGAAAUACGAGGGCCGGACAACAAAAUCUACAAUGGCAGACAGCUCAGCCAGGGCAGAGGCACAUUCACACCCACCAAGGUGGGUAUGCACGAGCUGAUAGUCAAAUACGAGGGCGAAGAAAUUCUCACCGGGCACUACUUCCGAGUGCUGCCCCCUAUGGUGGAGGUGGCGCCACCAGGAAUGGCUCCCUGCGCUCUUGGAUCGCUAGUCCAGGUUCUGGUGAACGCAACAGGGACUCCGAGAAGAGAAGACAUCUUGGUGACAGCGUACGGCCCUACUGGCAGGCCUCUGGACUGUCCUCUGACGGGUGGACCCUUCACGUGCUCAGUUUUCGACCCCAACGGCACCAAAGUCUCGGGCCUUGAAGGAGCCCUACCGUUGGUCCCUCACGCAAUCGACCUAGACUGCAGAGCCGCUGGAGUACCUGGUGACAUCUGUGCCGACAUAGUACACGAUAAACGCUCUGUACAUUGCCACGUCGAAAAACUCGACAGCUUCCACUACAGAAUCCAUUUCACGCCCAAAGAUGCCGGAAAACACAGGGUUUACGUAUACUUCAAUGGAUAUGACGUCAAAGGUUCUCCCUUCAUGAUGCGUGUAGGAACUCAAAAGCGGUCAAAGUACCACAAUAGCAGCCCCAGCUCUACCUAUAGAGCUAGUCCUACCAACCGCUUCACCAGCUCCAGUCCUACUACAGCUAGAAAUACAAUGUACAAUAGUUACAGGCAGAAUGCAAGUCCUCUUCUAGAAGAAAAUCAUAAGUUCGCACAGGACUAUCACAUGAAGACGGUAGCCGAGAAACGAAUGUCGUCUAGCUCCCCUAGCUACAACGAACGCAACAGCCCUAGCUACAUGCACAGAACCAACAGCCCCAGUCACAAGCAACGAACCGAAAGUCCCAGCUAUGCUCCUCCCAGUCCUAGCUACGCACCUCCGAGUCCUAGUUAUCGCCCAACCAGUCCUACUUUCCGUCCAACCAGUCCUACUUACCGCCCCACCAGUCCCACUCAUCGGCCUGCCAGUCCUACUUACAGGGUUAACAGCCCGAUGCGUGGUAGAGACAGUCCGGACUAUAUAUCGAGUAAGAAAUUGAAUGAGAAGAGGUACGACACGUCUAGUCCUGGGUUUGCGAAGAAAACGGAGUUUGAUAUGACGAGCAAGAUUUCUUCCAUGAGGAUGGCCGAUUCAAGGAGUCCUAGUUAUAUGGACAGAUUACCAGAAACCAGAUCCAGUCCAGAUGUCGGAACUUACUCAACCUCUAGAUACGACAAGAAAGUCACUGAAAGUCGCACUUACAACAGCUCUAUGACCGAAGGAGUCGAUACCAGUCCCAUAAUAAAAGUGUCUUCAACCACUAAUGACACCGGUACUUCGAGGAGAGACUCUUGGGACGCCAUCGCCAAAACCAAGAACAUCCUCUCCGAUAGGAGUUUGGAGUCGAAAAUAGAGGAGCACUCGCGGAACGUGAGGCAAGCACAGAGCUACAACAACGAGCAAGCUUACAAGUCCAACUACGACCAGAGCUACUCCACCCAGACGUUUUCUACGAACGUCGGGGGUUCGGGAGACCAUGGCUUCGGAAGGAGCAGUCCGGUGUACGGGAGGGUGGUCAAAGGGGGUGGGGCGGGGGCUGUGAGAGUGCAAACGGUGCCUGACGGUGUUCUGGGGCAGCCCGUGGAGUUUGAGAUUGACGGUAGCGGAGCAGGAUCAGGAGACCUGGAGAUUCUAGUGGAGGGUGGUCGUGUGACGUCAAGCGUCAAAAGCUUGGGCGGCCAGCGGUUUAGGGCGGCUUUCACCCCCCACCAAGCCCUGCCACACAGGGUGGACAUUAAAUUCAACGGCGAGACGGUGCCAGGCAGCCCCUGGCAUGUCAACAUCAUGUCGAACAAUGCCGCCCUCUCCGUCCUAGGCGAGUCCACGCGUCUCGUCCCUGCCAACUCGACGACCGUCUUCGAGAUUAUAACCCCCACCAACACCGCCCCGGCCGACCUCGUGUGCCACGUGAUCUCCCCCACCAAGCGUAGCGUGGCUGCGCGCGUCAUUCCCGGCAGCCGUUCGGGCGUGCAGAGCGUCGAAUUCGUGCCUACCGAGGUGGGGACUCACGUGGUCGAGGUCGCUGUCAAUGGGGAAAAAUUGCCUUCUGGGCCUCUGGUCGCGAAGGUUUACGAUGCGGGGUUGAUUCAGGUGGCGGAUGUUGGAGGGGGAGUGUCAAUCCCCUUUUGGGCCACUGUACUUUACCCUUUAUUCUUUCGAAACCCGAAUCUUGGUUCAAGUUUUUGGUUCUGGUUGGCAAGAGAGUCAGCGGUGUCCUCGGCGGUGUCUUUUGUAUCUACUCAUUCAUGUCCUUUGACACUAGUUGACGCCAGCCAAGCAGGAGAAGGCCAGCUAGAGAUCUCCAUAAACGAAGGCGAAGUCCCCAACCAUGUCCAAGUCGUGGGAGGCGGCCGCUGCCUGGUCUCCUUCACCCCCGACCAAUCCAAGCCCCAUCUCAUAGACAUCAAAUUCAACGGCGAAACGGUCAGAGGCUGCCCGUUCGUCUGCCAAGUCUCCGACACAAGCAGGGUCACCCUGUCGCUCGCCCACUUAGAACUAGUCCCCGUAAACCAGCCCAGCUCCUUCCACAUGGCCGUAGCCGGUGGAGGGGCAGCCGAGCUGGCCGUGGCAGUCAGAGGGCCGGUGGGCGAGCUCCCGGUCAAGGUCACGGGCGACAUACACUCGGGCUUCACAGCCGAGUUCACGCCUGCGCAGGUCGGCGCGCACCAGAUCCACGUCGACUACAACGGGCGGCCGGUGCAGGGCACGCCCUUCGUCGCCAAGGCCUUCGACUCGGGCAAGGUCACCGUGGGCUCGGUGGCGCGGGGCACGGUGGGGCGGGCAGUGACCUUCUCCGUGGACGCCAGCGAGGCCGGCGAGGGCAACCUGGAGAUCACGAUCUCCGCUAGGGGGCUGAACAUCCCCACGCAGGUGCACCCGCAGGGGAACGCGCGGUUCGCGGUGAGCUUCGUGCCGGCCGAGGCGUGCGAUCACGUGGUCAAUGUGGCGUUCAACAAGCGGCCUGUGGUGGGGUGUCCGCUGAUCGUGAGCGUGGGGGGCAGCGGGACGGGGCCCAGCGUGACGCUGCCGGGGCCGGGGCCGGUGCAUAGGGCGAGCACGCUGUUGGUGAAUCAUCCGGGCCGGCUGGAGGACAUCGAGGUUAACGUUGAGGGUGAGGAAGGCGAUAAGGGCGGGGGUGGACCUGGUGGCCAAGCGGUACCGACACAAGUACAGCCCUUAGGCAACAACCAAUUCAGAGCCGAAUUCGUACCCAGAGUGGUGGGGGAACACCGAAUAAACGUCAGCGUCAGCGGAGUACCAACAGCAGGAAGCCCUUACGCCGCCAAAGUAUACGAUGUCCAAGCCAUCAAAAUAAAGGAAUCGCCAAGUGGUGUGGUUGGAAAGCCAGUCACGUUUUUAGUCGAAACCAGUCAAGCUGGACCUGGAAACUUAGAAGUAACGGUCAAUGGUGGCCUGGUACCGACUUCAGCUCAAGCACAAGGGCCUCACACUUAUGCCAUAGCAUUCACACCUCGAGAAGCUAGUGUACACUCUGUAGAUUUGAGAUUCAAUGGUCAAGAUGUACCUGGUAGCCCUUUCAAAUGUAAUGUGACGCCUGCUGCUAGGAUCCUUGCUCUGGAAACGCUGGACAAGGUAUCAGUUGGUAGACCUUGUACUUUUAUCGUUGAAGGUCCGAAUCCUCCUAUAGUUGAAAUUCUAGGGCCAGCCAGAAGAAAUUUAGUUACUCAGGUUCGACCACAGGACAACACAGUUGGAAAGUUUGAAGUGUCUUUCACUCCAGUGGACGUAGGAGAUCACAGUGUUGAAGUACGCUUACAAUCUGGACAUAUUGAGGGCAGUCCUUUCCUAAUAAAGGCUUACGAUGCUAACAGAGUUACAGUUACUGACAUCAUCGAUGGUGUAGUUGGUAAAGCGGUCUCUUUCAGCAUCAAUGCCUCCCAGGCUGGUGCUGGAAAUCUUGAGAUCAUAGUAGCAGUUGGUGGUAGAAAUGUUCCAAAUUUUGUGCAGAGUGAAGGAAAUGCGAGAUUCAAAGUUAACUUCAAGCCUACUGAAGCUGCCACACAUACUCUUAGCGUGAGGUUCAACGGCCAGCCUGUCCCAGGAUCACCUUUCAACUGCAAAGUCAGUCCUGGAAAUACUCAACCUAGAGUUCCAGUAUCUGGAAAUGGCAUAGAACUUUCUCCUGUGGGACACCCUGCUGAAAUCAAGAUAGAAGGCGUAACAACUGGAGAACCACAAGUUGUAGCUACAGCACCUACUGGCAAAACCCUCCCUACUAAACUGAUCGUAAACAACGACACCUAUAUCGCCAGAUUUGUGCCAGAAACAGUAGGUAGACACUCGGUAGCAAUCUUAAUCAACGACCAACACGUCAUUGGCUCUCCAUUUAGCUGCAAUGUCUACGACGUCAAUAAGGUUAUUGUCACCGGACUACCUGGUCGCAAAUCCGACGUGAUCAAAUCUCUAGGUGAGAUGAACUUGAAGGACACUGGCACAGCUGAAGUAGGGAAGCCUGUUACCUUCAGCGUAGAUGCUGCUCAAGCCGGGGAAGGAACCUUGGAGCUAGUGGUAUCAACGCAACAUACUACUAUCAAAGCAGAGGUAGUCGCUUGUGCUAGAGGAUUGUAUGAUGUCACGUUUGUUCCAUUGACAGCUGAAGAUCACUACGUGAAUAUAACCUUCAACGAAAUGACCGUGAUUGGUAGUCCUUUCCAUUGCAGCGUCAUAGAAUCUACGCAGUACUUCCAAAUAGGUUCUACGGCUUACAUUGAUUUGCCUAGCGAGAACCAUAGAAUCGAAAUCACUGACCCCAAUAACUACCAUGUCAAGUACAUAGUGAACAACUAUAAGGGGGAAUUUGUCUUGACUCAGACUGGAACUUACAGGCUGAAUAUACUCAAGGAUAACGAAGUUGUUGCCACUAGGACAUUCCAUGUGUUCGAUACUACGAAAAUAGAUGUUAUCAAUGCCCCUGAGGCUAUUUGCCAUAGACCGUCUGUCAUCGGAAUCAACAUGAAUAAAGUUGGACCUGGAAAACUGACAGCUAUGGUUAAGAUUGCUAAUAAAGAUGUAGCACACAGUGUUAGACAAAGUCCAACCAAUGCUAAUAUGUGGGAAGUCGUGUUCCACCCUACUCAAGCGGCACCUCAUAGAGUAACAUUACUCUACAAUGGAGUGCCCAAAUUUGGUGUGCUAGAAAUACCAGUGAAAGGCCCUGGAAACGAACCUUGGUGUGGAGGAAUAGGUCUUUACCAAGCUAGAGUCGGAAAAGUCAACUCAUUCAACAUAGAAACUCUCGGUAGAUCAGCCAGAGAGUUUGAUGUAGUAGUUAGUGGUCCAGCUGGUUCAGCAAUUCCAGUGCGAUGCUAUCAAACGAAAACUGGAAAACUCCAAGCUGAGUUUACAUCUAGAGAGAUUGGAGCACAUAAAGUGGAAGUUCUUCACCAAGGAAAGCACCUAAACGGAAGCCCCUUCACUUGCCAGAGUUUCGACCCAGACAAUGUCAAAAUCGUCGACAUCCCUACAUCACAAGGAAAUGUUGGAGAAAAGGUGUUCUUCAAUGUUUCCUCUAAGAAUGCAGGUUCUGCUGAACUCGAGGUCCAAGUUUCCAACCCCAUAAACCAAACUCUAGCAGUCCAUCAAUCCAUCGUGGACGACUCCCUAGCCCAAGUGAUGUUCCUACCCUCGAUGGCAGGUCUCUAUCAAGUGACAGUCACUUACGGAGCUGUCCCAGUUAAAGGAUCUCCACUAGCUUUAGGAGUGGGGCCUGUUGGUCCUACUCCUCCUCCUCGAGCAGUUGGACGUGGCCUGGAAGUCGGCAAAGUGGGAGAAAAAGCAUCGUUCACUGUAAGCAGCGUGAUACAGCCAAGAGUGUCUGUGGAAGCAGUGGAGGGGAACAUAGAUGUGCAGAUGCAGUGUCCUAAGCCUGGGGAGUAUAGCGUGAGCUACACUCCCAAAUGGGUGGGGACCUACGAUAUUAUCAUUAGUAUUGGACCAAAUGAUUUGCCUGGUUCACCGUUUAGACCAAAUAUCGUGGACCCAUCGGCUGUGAGGCUUAUUGGAGGUUGGUCACAGUUACUCGAUGACUCUGGACGCAUCAAACUACCUGCCAAACUGGCCUUCGACAUUGCAAAUGCUGGUCCAGGCAAUUUAGAUUGCAAAAUAUCCGGUAGGAAAGUGAAUGCGGAGAAGAAUGGUUCCAGAGUACGUUUUGAGCUGUCAGGAGAAGGUCUGAGCCCUGGGGAGCAUGAGUUCGAGAUCAAAUUCGCUGGCAUGAGCAUACCAGAAGCUCCUCAAUCCAUCAUGUGCCUAGGAGAUCAGGUGGUUCUCACUGGAAGAGGUUUAGCUCAUUCCCAAUGUGGAGAACCUGCUGUUUUUACCAUUGACGGUUCUAGAGCUAGUACAGGUAAUCCUGAGGUGACGUUAAAUGCAGCUGAUACCAACAUUCCUGUUCCUGUGAUGAUUAGUUUGGCUGGAGAUAAGAUUUGGAAGGCAGCCUACACUACUUCGGUCCCUGGGAACUAUUUGUUAUCUGUACUUUGGGCCGGUAGACCAGUUAAGGGUUGCCCUUUGGUGGUUGAAGCCAAAGGUGGUGCUGAUGCUUCGAAGGUUCUUUGUUCUGGAGAAGGCCUUCGUCAAGGCGUAGUAGGCAGAGAAAUUAGGUCCUGGAUCGACACUAGAAGGGCUGGACCUGGCGAAUUGACUGCACAUUGUACUGGGCCUAGGAAAGUCGCGUACUGCGAACUGUACGACCAUGGGGAUGCUACCUUUACGCUGAAUGUCAAACCACAAGAAUCCGGAAGGCAUGCUCUGACUAUCAAAUACGCUGGUCAGCACGUGACUGGGUCUCCGUUUACGCUCAGAGUGGCCGGAGCUCCCGAUCCCAGUAAGGUUCGUGUUUAUGGUCCAGGAGUCGAACAUGGAGUUCUUGCGACUUUCCAGUCGAGAUUUAUUUGCGACACUAGAGGAGCUGGAGCAGGUCAGUUGACCGUUAGAGUGAGAGGCCCUAAAGGAGCUUUCAGAGUAGAGAUGCAGAGGGAGAGUCAAAAAGACCGAACAAUACUUUGCAAGUACGAUCCAACUGAGCCAGGAGAUUAUCGCGUAGAAGUAAAAUGGGCAGGAGAAUUAGUACCAGGAUCACCUUUCCAUGUCAUGAUUUUCGACACUCAAGAAGAACUUAGAAGAUACAUCAACUCUUUGUGAAGGAUUCCGUGUUAUAUUUCAUUUGGGAAUUGAUUUUUUUUUCAUUUCAAUAGUUCACGUUUCCAGCCAUCAAACGAAUAGGUAGUGAUUGUCAAAAAAAAAAUGUGUUGUUUCAAUUUUGUUUGUUAUUAUUUUAUUAAAGAUCGAAUGUUUGUUGUUCCACUGAUUUUUAUUGUAAUGGAUGAUUUAUUGCUAACGGAUUUGUAAAAAAAAACGUAUCGUCACUUUUAGAGAUUAAUAUAUUUUUAUACCUUCACAUAUAAUUCGUCUGAUUUUAAUAAAAUGUUACAAUAAUGGAAUGAUUU